AUGGGCUGCAUUUGCUCGAAAGAAUCCGCGGAUGAACCUGUUGUGUACGAUGAAAAAGAGAAAGCAAAACAGCAGGCAGAGAGCAAUAAGACAUCAGUCCAGUUGGUUGCUCCCUCAACAGGAGAGGAGGUAGGAAAAUUAUUAGGUAAUAAUAAUAGAACAAGCAAGAACAACUACAACAAUGAAGAGUCUGUCCAGGAUUCUUCAAGAAGUAAAAAACAGCAGUCAGCAGUGUCAGCUCCACCACCAGAUCAAGCCAUGUCAAACAGUGCUGUUGUUGAAUCCCAUGAUGAGAAGAACAGGAUAAUUGAGAGGCCUAAAGAUGGUCACAGGAGGCGAUUUUCGACUGAUUUGGGAGGGGUACAGCAGCAGCAGACGAUGUCGCGAAUUUUGAGCAUGCCGUAUGGUGCUAAGGGUGAACAAGCUGCAGCUGGAUGGCCAUCUUGGCUGUCUUCUGUUGCCGGAGAGGCCAUUCAAGGUUGGAUUCCUCGUAGCGCCGAGUCCUUUCAAAAGUUGGAUAAAAUUGGGCAAGGAACAUAUAGCAGUGUAUUCAGAGCUAAGGACCUAACAAACAACAAAAUAGUGGCAAUGAAGAAAGUAAGGUUUGUGAAUAUGGACCCAGAAAGCGUACGUUUUAUGGCGAGAGAAAUAUUGAUUUUGAGAAGACUUGACCAUCCAAAUGUGAUGAAGCUUGAAGCUCUGGUCACCUCCAGGAUUUCAGGCAGUUUGUAUCUAGUGUUUGAGUACAUGGAGCAUGAUUUGGCUGGUCUUGCAGCUACUCAUGGCUCCAAAUUUACAGAGCCACAGAUUAAAUGCUACAUGCAGCAGUUAUUUCGCGGAUUAGAACAUUGCCAUAAUCGUGGAAUUCUUCAUCGAGAUAUAAAGGGUUCAAAUCUCUUGGUUGACAACAAUGGAAUUCUAAAAAUUGCAGAUUUUGGUUUGGCUACAUUUUUCCAACCUAACCAAGAGGAGCCACUGACUAGCCGGGUUGUUACUCUUUGGUAUCGAGCACCUGAGCUGUUACUCGGGGCAACCCAAUAUGGGGUUCCAAUAGAUAUGUGGAGUGCCGGAUGUAUUCUAGCUGAAUUGUUUUUUGGCAAGCCUAUCAUGCCAGGAAGAACAGAGGUUGAGCAAAUGCACAAAAUCUUCAAGUUGUGUGGUUCGCCUUCUGAGGAAUACUGGCAAAAAUCGAAGUUACCUCAUGCUACGAGUUUUAAACCACAGUCUCCAUACCGGCGCUGCGUGGCUGAUACAUUCAAGGAUUUUCCUUCUUCAGCUUUGGCUCUUCUUGAGGUCCUCCUAUCGGUAGAACCAGAGAAGCGCGGUACUGCUUCUUCUGCACUAAGAAGCGAGUUCUUCACCAAGAAGCCUCUUGCCUGUGAUCCAUCUAGUUUGCCGAAAUAUUCUCCUAGCAAGGAAUUUGAUGCUAAACUUCGAGACGAGGAAGAAAGAAGGCUGAAAGCCGAGAGCGUAAAGGGCGGGAAAGAUGGAUCUACGAAGGAAAUGCCCAAACAGCAAACGGGAGUACGAAUGCGAGAUGGAAAUGCUCAAGGACAGGGCCAGUCAAAUAAGUCAGUCAGUGUAAGAUAUAAUAUGAUGGAGGAAAGUGGAGCUGGAUUCCCAAUUGAACCACCGAGAGGAAAUAAAAAUGGAUAUUCUCACUCGAAUUCGAUGGUUCACCCGAAUGCCAUGGGUUACAUUAGAACCAAGAAAGACGAACAUGUUGGUGGUUCAAUGACAGGCAGUAUGAGUGGUACAUACGGACCUUCAAGGCAUGACAGAUCCAUGAUGAACAAACAAACUUCUGGAAAUCCCAGAGAUACGGCCGAUGCAGGCUCCACGAACAAUGAUAUCAUGUUGAGGAAGGAAGCUACGGGCUAUGUGCAGAAAAGAAUCCAUUGCUCUGGACCUUUGAUGCCUCCGGGUGGAAACAUGGAAGACAUGCUGAAAGAGCACGAGAGACAAAUCCAAGAAGCUGUCCGUAAAGCACGACUCGAGAAAGAAAGGACUAAAAAGAACUUGUAUGAUUAUGAACAGGCAAAUUCAAUACGCCAAGCAAACUUUGGGUACAGAUAA